AGCUGGCAUUCCCGCGAUCGACGUUGAUGCAUGAUGCGCGUCUCGCCAUCACGUGGCGACGUGUAGACGCGUCCGCCAGGCCUCUCCCUGAGGCGACCUCCUCCUCCUGCUCUUGCCCCUUUCCCCCCUUCGUACGGUAACACAGUGCAUACGCACUAAUGCCAAUUGGGGAUACACACGCUGCGAUCUCUCAGGUCAAGGACCUCAUCGGCCGACUGCAGUCCCCCGUCGCAGACCUCUCUGUUCUGCUGCACCUGCUCGCGGCUCCUCUCGGUUGUAUCGGCCUCCUCCCUCCGCGCUACCAGAAAUACGAUGUCGAACCUCUCCCAAAAGAUAGCCUCAACCUACCGCGGCACGUACCGCUCCUUCAGCGUGCCUUGAUAGAGCACGUAGUCCCUACCUGGGAGGCUGCGCUGGUCGAGGAAGAUUGCUAUGAUCUCGUGGAACAAUACUUCUGUCCAGACGCGAUGUCGUUCGCGUCUAGUGCUGCGGGGCAGGCGGCUUUGCUUGCGUACUCUACGAUCCUGUCUUCUCCAAUUCACGACUCCUCGAUCCGCCUUCUAGUGAAGCUGUGCCGUGCGUAUCCGAUCGACGUUUUGCACUCUGUCGUCUUCUCGAGCAAGGGAAAACUUAACGAGGUGGCAUGGGAGGAUUGCGUACGCAACAUCAUCGCUUUACCAGUCAAAGUCGCAAACGUCCUGGGUGCAAGAGGUGGCAUACCUGCCUCGCUCCAAUUUGACACCUACUUCAACAAUGUGAGUCUGCGCUGCGAACGCCUCAUAUACACCCUGUCCAGCGACUCCUCACGAGGAGACACGUCUUCCGUGAACUAUCUCCUCACCAAGCUCGUGAAUGUCGGCGUCUUCAGUGCUUCCAAGGCCGCUCUGUCACAACCGUCUUUCUUCGAAAUUACACUCUCCACCAUCCGACAUCGCCUUUCAGACCAAAACGGUACAUAUGUAGUCUACUGGAGAAAGACGCUGUCCUCGUUCUCAUCAUCCCUCACUUUGCAUUCCGUGCUGACAGCACUCUUCUCGUCCCUACCGGACGUACCCGAUCGACUCGAUACUCGCCCAACCACUCGUGCAUCGGUGAAGCGCGAGGCCGUUCUUCUAAAAGAGCUGGUGGGGAGGCCGACAAAAGACAAUAUAGAUAUCUUGGAUGCUGUCAACGCCAUCGCUCUCAGCAGAGAUUGGAACGAAGCCCAUGCCCGUAUCUUCGCCUGUUGGUUCUGUGGUGCGCAAAAGGGCUGGUCAGACAAAGAAGUGCUGGAUGUCGUUUUGUGGAAAGUGGUCGAUGUGUGGACUGAUGUGUAUCACAUCAAACAUUCCCUACUGUCUCGACACCGAUAUGUCACCGCACUGCUCUUGCUCAUACUAGCUUCCUUCCGGUCCGACGCUGGUAGCUCCGCACCGUUUCAGACACUCGCGUUCCACCCUCCAUUCAUCACAGGCGUGUCUAUUUACAUCGGGCACCUCGACCCGACCGUGCGCCGCUGCGGUAUGCUCGUCGCGGAGGAGGUCGCGCGCGGCGCGGGGAAGAAGCUCGACUUCGACGACUGGACGGGCGACCAGCACGGCCGCGACUGGUGUCGACGGCUUCGCGCGCUCCUCCAGGGACGUGACGCGGAUGCAGACGUCGACCGCGUGCUCGACGCCGAGGAUCACGACGCCAGUGGGAACGCGCGCACCCACGCUCCGAACUCGAACUUAGACGAGCACGCUGCGUCGUCGGGCCCCGCAAAACCAGGCAAAGUGGUCAUCCAGGACGUCGGCUACGACUCGGACGACUCUCUCACCGGGUACGCGUCCCCUGCUCCGUCAUCGCGCUCGGCGUCGCCCACCCCGUCGGAGCUCGCCGAGAUUGAGAAGGACCCGUCGCUGAAUGUCGGGAAGCAGAAGGUCGCGCGCCCGGUGUAUCUAGCGCAACUCGGAGAGAUGGUACGCAGUACGUCCGGGAUGCGCUCCGACCAAGAAGAGAUGGAGGCGCAGAAGAUCGAGGUGGCGUUGAACGUCGCCGAAGAGCUGAUUCGCCGCAAGAGGGCGUAUGGGACCGAGCUCGAGGAGAACGCUGUCAAUCUUACGUACGGCUUCCUUGCUCUCAAAGACAACUACGAUCUCGACGGUUUCGAUGAGAAGCGACAAGCCGUCCUGAACGCGUUGGUGGCGUCUUGUCCUCGCAAAGCUGCCCCAGCUUUGAUCGAGCAGUUCUUUCACAACCAGUAUUCGACCGAUCAGCGUUUCGUCAUCCUAAAUGCUCUCGCAGUAGGCACAGCAGAACUCGCCUCAUUCCCUCUCCCCUUGCCCUCCGCAACUGCCAGUCCCAAACGUAUAUUGUUCCCCAGCAAGCAGCUUCCGCCUGCUCUACACAAGAAGUACCUUACCGCCGCCGAUCGACACAAUGCAAAUGACCCGGUUCAGCUCCUGGUGGACGACAUCAGUCGCAAAGCGAUCGACAGCGGCAAGGAGGCCACCGCGGACAGGGUCCCUGAGAUCGUCCGCGAACGGCAUUUACGCAUCCGGAAACCUGCCAAAGUAGCGGAGGUGCCCCGGGGCGCUAUAACAACAAGACGCCUGCCUGGUGGGGUAAAUCACCCGACGGACACAACGUUCAAAGAGGUCGCGGCGGAGUGUUUCAUAUGCCCUCUGAUAAAUCGUUUCUGGCUGUUCCUGCGCGACCAGCAGACGCGGGAAGAACGCACGAUGCAUCAGCCGGCGCUCCAUCGCUAUCACGGAGCAGGGACGGGCCUCGUCCUCAGUGCGAUGGUGCUCGCACGGUUCUUGAGCACACUCGCGGUGCUCGUGCACGCCGCGAGGAAUGCCCCGGAAUGGCUGGCUGUCGUUGCACCGGAUGCGCUUGAAUUGGCUGUUACGCUCGGGACCAGGCCCGUCUCUGCCAUGGAAGGCGAGGACGAAGAUGAAGACGACUCCCAGGGACUGAGCGGUGAGGCGCGGAGGGGGAAAGGCAAAGAGGCAGCUGUAAUGAGCGCUGCUCUUGAACUCGCCCUGAUAACCCUGGAUGGCUGCAUGGACCUGGACGGUGGCCGCUCUCUAGGGCUGGACCACACUGCACUGCUGCUCGGCACAGGGGAGUGGGCAAAAGAUAUCUUCUCGAGCUUAGAUCAAGGGGAGAGGAUGCUCGGCGAAGGUGGAGAGCAGGAAGUUAGGCUCAGAAGGGCCGCAGCGGGGCUUGUGCUCAAAGUGGAAGAGCUAUCGUCCCGGUGGAGAAGGUCCAUGGUUGACGUGUAAUCUGGAUGUGAUGUAUUGUGGGACAGGUGCGCCCGUAGAUUAUUGCGCAGCUACAAUCUGUGCGACUGAUGAUUACGCCAGAUUGGGUUU